CCAUCCUGGAAUACAAAAUAGUUGUUUCGCUCAUUCCUGAGAAAAUACGAAUUCAAAUUCUAUCAUUCACUUCGCCAAUCCUUGUAAAAUGUCAGACAAUUUCGAUCCUGACCUAAUUCAGGCAAUUUUCAAACUCAUAUGGAGCAAAAACGCUCUAGAGCGCGAGAGAAACGAAGGUGUCGAUCCGAUGACAGAUGAGAUUAGCUUACUUUACUCAAAACAUUGCAAAUUCAAAAACACACCCAGAUCCUCAUCAUUUUCCCCCUCUCGCGGCUAUCUUCCAGUGGGGUUUUUGCGAUUGUUCAAAUAUCCAUGACGAGGCUCAGUAUUACAGUUGACCGGCUACAUGGAUAUUAUCCCGUGGUAGACACUUAUUCUCCUGUCCUUGAAAUUCAGUUCAAUUUUGUAUACCAUCCAUCUUCAAAAUGGUUUCAGUCAUGUUACUACUCAUCUUCAAGUUUUUAAAUCCUUUUAUUUUUCUGCAUUUUGUCACCAGGUGUUUCAUAAAAUAACAACACAUUAUUCUUGAUUAUCUAUUUUACUCAUCUGCUACAUAAAAUUACAAAUUGUUGUUGUUGGCCUUUUAAAUCUGUCAAUAUUUGCGUAGUAAAUUUGCAACUGAUUUGUUAUAGUUAUAUUAAACACGACUAUAUUGUGAAGAGUUAUAUGCUCCUUGACUUGCCUAAGAUGCCCAUAUGUAUAAGUUUCUAAUUUGGUAUAUUCUUUGAAUUGUAUUCAGUUAAGUUAAAAACUACCGGAAUAUCACGGAUAAAUGAUACAUGUGGUUAGUUUUCUAUGAGUGAGAAACAGAAACAUUGUGAUAUUAUAAUGGAAAAGAUACGUAUUCUUCUUUGUUUAGAGUAUUAUAAUGAUUUACCAAGUGUUUGCUAGGAUAUCCAGGGAAUUAAUAAUUCUAAAAAAACACGUCGUAUAGUUGUAUAUUAUUUUUUGAAUUUUUUGGAAAAGAUACGUAUUCAUCAACUAAUGGCAGCUGAUAUAGAUUAUCAUAUGCUCUUUUUAUAGUAUGUUGGCACAAAAAAUUUGGCCCGGAACUAAUGGCCAGGAAUGAUAUAAUUUCAGAGCAGUUCAUGUAACGCACUCGAUGAUGAUGGAUGUAGAGGCAGGGUGAACACACCUGCAGUGUCUCCAAGUAAUUGAUAGGAGACUUCACAUUACAUUACUAAGGAUUAUAGAGCUUGAGGUGGCAGGGAAAUGAAGUUUCUGAUGUAUCUUCUGGCAAGUUGAUAUAUCAUAGAUUUUAUAUCAAAUAUAUGAUUAUUAGUUUUAGGAGGUUAGUGGAUGUCAUGUGUGCAAGGUGGAGAAGGUUAUUGUUUCUGCUACUGCAUUUGUCUUCUUGUUAAUACUCUCAGGAACCAGAUGCAGCACUUAGGGAAUGGGGGUUUAGGAAGGCUUGCGUCCUGCUUCUUGGAUUCCUUGGCCACACUAAACUACCCUACAUUGUAUUACGGUCUUAGAUGGACAGGAAGAAGUUGCGGAAACUUGGCUUGAGAUGGGUCUUCCUUUUCUAAUGAGCGCCAUGUGGAAGAGGCGGAGAGAUCUGCACAACGAGGCUCUGUUGCACAAAAGAAAGCCUCCAUUGAAGCUCAUUACAAAAAAAUUGAUGUUGCUAAGAUGGCAGCAGCUUUGCUUGAGCAAGCAAAUGAGAGUAAUGCAUUGGAACCUGAAAGUUAAACCCAAAAGCAGCUUAGUGACUGCAACAUUACUAGCCAGGAUUCAGAAACAAUAAAACAGGACUCUCGGAAGGCUAAGUCUGAUAGCUCAGAAUUUGAUAAGGCUGAACGCGCUGAUUUGACUACAGAAACAAAAGUAUUGGUGAAAAUUUGUCCUAAUGUUGAUAAACAAAAUAUGGUCUAUGGAUCAAAUAUUGAUGGGAUACUAAAAAAUGAGAAACAUUCGGCUAAGGAAUUCGUGUUAUACUUGACGGAAAUUUAUGGAACUCCCGUUUUUAAUAAAUUUUAAGGAA